CCCGAUUGUGCUCGGAGGGUGACUGGCCCACACCGGACACUGGAGCCAAUGGCAUCUGCAGUCUCUUCACUACACCAUCAUGAUGAGGUCUUCCAACUGGGUGCAUCCCUCCGUUUGGGUACUUGAGCCAGAGCCGUCCACGUUUGCGCCUAGCGGAAGAUGGUCGAAUAAGGAUAUGGACCCUGUACCGCCCGAGAAGCGGACGUGGUCUACCUUGAACUACGUUGCCUACUGGGUUUCAGAUGCGUGGAAUGUCGCUGUCUGGCAACUUGCGUCUAGCAUGCUCACGAUAGGUUUGUCGUGGCGACAGGCCCUCCUCGCGAUUGCGGUCGGGCAUGUCAUCAUCUCGAUUGUAAUGGUCCUGAACGGGACGAUUGGAGCAAGGCUGCAUGUCGGGUUCCCUGUGCUUUUACGGUCGUCCUUCGGUUUUUGGUUUAGUUACUUCAGCGUCAUCAGUCGGAUGGUGCUCUCUAUGUUUUGGCUGGGCAUCCAAGCAUACACGGGGUCGCAGUGUGUAUACCAGAUGCUCAAAGCGAUAUGGCCGUCCAUUGCGCGGAUGCCGAAUCAUCUCCCUCCGGGUGCAAACGUCACUACAUCAGGACUUCUGUGCUUCUUCCUGUACUGGUUGUUCCUGCAGCCCUUCAUGUUCGUGUCGCCCCAGCGCAUACGAUGGCUUUUCAUGUUGAAGGCGUUUAUCGUGCCUCCGGCUUGGGUAGCUAUACUGAUUUGGGCCUUCGUCAAGGCUCCAACCCGUCGGGAUCUCAUGGAUCAGCAUAGCUCACUAUCUGGGAGUGCCCUGUCCUAUGCAUGGUUGACCGCGCUGAACAGCGCACUGGGAAUCUACGCGACUCUUGCGGUCAACAUCCCAGACUUCACGCGCUAUGCCAAGAACGAACGAGCGCAAUACAUUCAGUUGCUCAUAAUCCCUAGCGCUUUCACCCUCGUUGGAUUCAUCGGGAUUGCUGUGACCUCUGCGGGAACCGUCCUUUACGGCAAGAUCCUUUGGAACCCCCUGCUUCUGAUCGACCACUGGGACAACCGCGCGGCGGCUUUUCUUGCCUCUUUGACAUUCGCGCUAGCCACUCUAGGCACGAACGUGUCUGCGAAUACCAUUUCCGCUGCCAACGACAUGACCGUGCUCUUCCCGCGCUAUAUCAAUAUCAAGCGCGGGCAGAUCAUCACUGCAGUGGUCGCACCAUGGGCGUUCGUUCCAUGGGAGAUUCUCUCGAGUGCGAAGGGGUUCCUUUCGUUCAUGAACGGAUACACUGUUUUCCUGGGCCCUUUUGCAGGAAUAAUGGUUGCAGAUUAUUGGAUCGUCCAUCACUGUAGGGUUGACGUGCCGUCAAUGUAUCGUCCGUACGGACGUUACCGGUACACGUAUGGCUUUAAUUGGAGGGCAGUUGUCACGAUUCUCGUGGCGGUUCCUCCUAAUAUACCUGGUCUAAUUGCCGCUAUAAACCCUGCGGUGCGGAUUGGUGGCACUUUCAAGCUCUUUGACUUCGCAUGGCUUUUCGGUUUCUUCGCCUCUCUGGUUGUUUAUUCUGUCUUAUCGCUAAUGUUCCCCGCGAGAGAAACGUUCAUCGGGGAAGCCAUCACCGACCAAAAUCAGAAUACAUCAGAGAGCGACGGUAUAUCGCUAUCGGAAUCGAAGGAAUCGGUGUAG